AUGUCUCUAAUACAAAAAGUUUUGUGUCUGUGCUUAAUAGGGUUGUCGCAAACGGCAAAUUUAACAUAUGACGAGUUAAAACGGGAAUUAGAAAGUUAUAUUAAAAAUAAAGAAAAAGAAAUAAACCAAAGAUAUCGGCCGUUGUAUCAUGUGGCACCCCCAGUCGGAUGGAUGAACGAUCCCAAUGGAUUUGCUUACCACAAUGGACUAUUUCAUCUUUUUUACCAAUUCUACCCAUAUGAUAGCAAGUGGGGCCCAAUGCAUUGGGGCCAUGUUACUAGUACUGAUCUUGUUCAUUGGAAACAGAAGCCAACUGCUCUAUUACCUGAGGAGGAGCAAUGUUUUUCUGGAAGUGGUAUCACCUAUGACAAUAACCUGGUAUUAAUGUAUACUGGGCAUGUUCUAACCGAAGAAGAACCUUUUUAUAAGCAAAGUCAAUAUCUUGCUUUCAGUGACGAUGGAGUUAACUUUGAAAAGUUCAGAUUAAAUCCAAUUAUUACAAGCCCUCCAAACAAUUCACCUGAUUUUCGAGAUCCAAAAGUUUGGAAGCACGAAAAUGAUUUUUAUGCGGUUAUUGGCAGUAAAGAAAAUGGUAACGGAACUGUACUAUUAUAUAAAUCCAGUAAUUUGACAACUUGGGAAUAUUUAUCAGUACUCGCACAAUCUACUGGGGAAUUGGGAUACAUGUGGGAAUGUCCAGACUUUUUCGAAUUGGACGGGAAAUUUAUUUUAUUGAUGUCACCUCAAGGAGUAAGAGAAAAUGGUGAUAGAUAUAAAAACGUUUAUCAGACCGGCUACAUGGUGGGAACUUUUGAUUAUGAUAACAAUAUUUUUGAAACAGAUGGUGAAUUCCAAGAACUAGAUUAUGGUCACGAUUUUUAUGCUGCCACUACCACGGAAGCUAAGGGCAUUAGAUACCUUACAGCUUGGUUUAGUAUGUGGGAAGUGCCCCAUCCAGAGGAUGUUGAUGGUUGGAUAGGUACAACUACGUUAGUUAGGGAGCUGAGGUUAGUUAACAAUCGUUUAAUUAUGAAACCGGUUGAAGAAAUUGUUGAUCUAAGAGAAAGUUUAGCACUCCAGGGGAAUCUUUCAACCAAUCAGGUGCACGACUUUGGUAAAGCGGUAGAAAUUUUAAUUGAAAGUAAUCUAAAUCAGAAUAUUGACUUGUUAUUAAAUGGACUAAACGGUGGAGGGCAAGUGCAAUUAAAAUAUGAUGCAACAAAUCGUACAGUUUCUGUGAUCAGAGAUGGAGAGGUGAGACGAGUAGAGUGGGCGCCUAUUGGGUCUCAAAUUUGGCGAAUUUUCCUGGAUACUAGCAGUUUAGAGUUAUUCUGUGGAGAAGGUGAAGUAGUUUUCAGUAGUCGAGUUUAUCCUCUCGGUGGGUGGAGACUUACAAAUAAUAGUCCUCAGACACUUAAAAUUACAGCUUAUACUCUAAUGAGAAGUGUCCCGGGAAAUUCCAGCAUCCGAAAUAAAAGUUUCAGUGGAACGAUAAUCAGCGUUAUCACCUUGCUAGCCUUGCACAUGAACAACUAUUCAUAA